AUCACCCCUUCCCUUUGCUGUCCUGUCUCUCUUUUUCCUACUUCUUUCCUCCACGUUAAUAACUGUCUGGAAGUCAUCUGUGCCGACCACACGUGCCAGCUUGCACCACUUCAAGGACACCGCAGAUUGCAAGAUGAUUUAUUUCAAGUUAGUCAAUUACUUUCUGCUCCGAGGAGCUCACGGGAGUUGAAGUGACGUCUCUGUCCUGCCUACAAUCUCCCUCCAUCCUCCCUCUCCCUCUCCCUCUCUCUCUUUUGUAUCAUUUAAUCAAGACAUAGCUUGCCCUUUCCUGUUCAUUGCUGCCUCCCUUCCUCCUCUGUGCUCUGCUGCCCUAUUUGUUUGUCCUCGCUUUCUUCUCUUUGGCUCUUUUGCUUCCACCCUCCUGCCUCGUGCUCCUCAUCAGGCUCCGUUUCAACAAGCUCUGCACAAGCAAGGCAACGUGCAAGGACGUGCAGCAGAGGACGUCAGUGAGGAAGAUGACUACGGAAGAAUAGGGAACAUGAAGGAGGGAGGAGACGGAGACUGAAGUAAGAGGAGGAAGUUGAACUCCAAAGUGCCUACUGCGUGGAUUCGUUGUGGGAUUACAGCCGCACGGGGCUCAGUGUAUGUUUGGCCUUGAAUGGAGGCUAUAUUUUAUCCUGACAACCCCAGAGUCAUACAUCCCACGUUGCUGAGCUGCAGUCUCGAUACACUCUGAACCGAGCGGCUGCCUCGUUUUUAUCACUGCAAGGACAUUAUCUCGUAAGGCUCUGCUACUUCUUUUUUUUCAUUUUUUUUUUUUUGCUCUACAGAAAUCCUUUUAGUUUCUCUGCCACACAAAUAUAACAACAGUAGAGCAGUGACUCCCCCGGCCUUGGCCAUGUUGACGUGACUGUAACAGUGACUUACUGUGGGUGUCAUUUGGUACAGGUGAAUGCACAGACGCUCAGCAGCACAUCUAAGCAUGCCGGAGUGAUGUCCUCAGAGUAGAGUUCCUUUUUUUUUCAUUCCUCUUCUGAGACAGAGCUGGUCUCUGCUCACAGUAACCCACUCUAUCUCACUCCAGUGAAACUUCAGCUGCCACUUUUCCCAGGAAAAACUAAUACACAUCCUCAACAACACACCAGCCAAGGGGACUUGCGGCACGAAGGAAAGAAAUAUAUACAUAUAUUUUUUGAUUUUGUUUCCUCUGUGUUUUGCUGAGGAUUUUUUUCCUUGAAUCACCAUUAGUCACCCUUGCUCUCAUCAGACAGUUUUCCGUCCAUCUGCCCUCACCGCUGCUCAGUGUUUGUGAGCUUCUCUGAUGGCUGUCAGCAUGACCAUGGGACGGGAUACCAAAUGGCUGACCUUGGAAGUGUGUCGUGAGUUUCAGAGAGGCACCUGCUCGCGGUCUGACGCCGAGUGUAAGUUUGCACAUCCCUCCCGGAGCUGUCAUGUGGAGAAUGGCCGAGUCAUCGCCUGCUUUGAUUCACUCAAGGGGCGCUGCACGCGAGAGAACUGUAAAUACCUGCACCCACCGCCGCACCUGAAAACCCAGCUGGAGAUCAACGGGAGGAACAACCUGAUCCAGCAGAAGGCCGCGGCAGCCAUGUUGGCUCAACAGAUGCAGUUCAUGUUGCCUGGAGCACAACUGCAGCCCAUAACAACAUUCCCGGUGACGCAUUCCCUGGCAACGAAUCCCAGUAUGGCAUUUAGUCCAUAUCUCAGCCACAUGGGCCCAGCCAUGGGCUUGAUGCCUGAGCUGCUCCCCAGCACUCCCCUUCUGGUCCCUGGGAGUCCCACCGGCCUGGCAGCCAUGGGGAAUGGAACCUCAGCACAAAAACAUGUGCGCACAGACAAGCUGGAGGUUUGUCGAGAAUUCCAGCGGGGUAACUGCACGCGUGGUGAGAGCGACUGCCGCUACGCUCACCCCCUGGAGGCUGGCAUGGUGGACUGCAGCGAAAACUCCGUCAUUGUCUGCAUGGAUUACAUUAAAGGCCGCUGCAGCCGAGACAAGUGCAAGUACUUCCAUCCCCCGGCUCACCUGCAGGCCAGGAUCAAGGCUACACAGCACCAAGCUAGUCAAAACACGGCGUCUGCAGCCUUGGCUCUUCCUCCAGGGGCCGUGCAGUCUCUACCAAAGAGGCAAAUCCUAGAGAAGAGCAACGGAGCCGCUGCCCAUGUCUUCAACCCCAGCAUGUUCCACUACCAGCAAGCUCUGGCUAACAUGCAGCUCCAGCAACCAGCCUUUAUCCCCACUGUAGACCCCUCGGAGCUUUUGACCUCCGAUCCGGUGGAGCUCCAGUGUGUUCCCAUGGAAACCCAUUACUGUCCCGUUCCCAAACUGCUGGUGGCGGCUCCAGUGGCACUAAACUCAGUAAGCCUUUCUCGAAACCCCAGUUAAAGUCCCUGAAACCUGCAGAACUGCAGCAUGUGCCUCACCUACAGCGCACACCGACUGAUAAUGACAAUGUGAAACUUCUCAUACGACAAUAUGAAACUAAGAAAGCUGCGACGGUUCAUGCAAUACAAGCCUGGACGUAUUAUUAGUACUGUUGCUUUACAGCAGCCACCCUGAUGCAUACUGACUCGAUCAGGCUGAGCAAUAGAGCUCCCUCGUUCCUAGAGCCAUACAUGCCCACACCUUAAAAGUGCAGCAGACAUGUGCACAGAAACACACACAUAUAAGACUAAAAGCCCUUUAUGGGUUGGAGCCAUGACACGAGGCGACCCAACACAUCUUGACUGUUCCAAAGUCAGAAACUAUGAAAACUGUAAUUGUGGAAAUUCAGACCAUUUGAGCUGCGGACGUCUCUGCCGCUGGUCUACAACCAUGACAUGUUUGUGUCGCAUAUCAUGUCAUGUUUACGUUUUUCGAGAUGACUUCAAAUGUAACAUUUGUGUUGUGACAUGUAUAGUUUGUUUUCAUGCGUUCAUGAGACGUCAGUAAGGAAGUUGUUGUUCAUUUGUUCGUGCCUUUGAUUUUUCUGCUCAGCUGCGGAGGAGACUUAGUUUCCCAGGACAAUUCAAAACGCUCAAUAGAAAACAGAUGUUAACUUUGCAAAAAUUACAGAACCCUAUUAUAGCUCUCACUGUUUCAUAAAUAUAAAUGUAAAGUAGGAUUUGAAUCGAUAAUUCAUGACCGAAAAGGAGCCAUUACUUGUCACGCAACACAACAAUCUUCAAAUGGGUAGAAAUUAUGUCAAUUAAAAUACAAUCACUUUUAUUAAAGAGGCUGAGUUGAGGGAUUUUUUUUUUCUUUUUUUAAAGAUGUAGCUGCUAAUGUCUUUUAAGAAACAAUGAUUGAAGAAACAAACUGCCUUAAAGCAGGUGAGGUCAGGUUGUGUGUCUGAAGGCUCGCUGUGUAACUCACCGGUAAAAACCAGACAGCUCAAAUUAUUAGUGGUGAGGUUGCCUGAGUCACGAUGUCUGAUCAGUGAUUGUAUUUUGUUUGGGGUGGGUAGUCGUGUAAUGAAUGAAAAGGAAACAUUUGUUCUCUUCACAGAUUCGUCUGUGUUCAACUUUCCUGAAACUCACGAAUCAGAUCUUUACAAAUUGGCGCCGCAUAAACUUUUCAGCCUUGAUGUCAUUUAUUGCACAAGAGGGAAGCCAGAUUUGUUUUCUGUUGUCGUGCCCAGAGUGUGUGGUAUAUGCAAGGAGCUGCCCACUUGAUGCAAUACCUGAGUCCAAAUUAAUACCUCCUCUCAAACACAGAGAUGCAUUUGAAAAAGGCAGUUUGUUUGUGUGCUGAUCUCCUUUCACGCGGCUUUUAAAUUCAGCAAGUGGCACAAGAUCUUUAUGUUUUACGGCUCUUUAUUCAGGGAGAAAGUUAAGAACUUGAAAAUGUCUCGUCCGACUUUAAAAUGUUUCGUCGUCUUUUCUACGGAUGUGUCCUUUUUCUUCAAAAGUCGUCAGACUCUAAAUAUUGAAGCCACAGUGGUUGUAACCAGAAUCAAGUUGUGGUAAAGGGAGGAAACGGAGGAAUGAAUCACUCGUUUGAUGUCUGAUGCAGCACAAACCAGUGGGACUCUUGGUUUGUGCUGUUCAAGCCGUGUAAAAUCGAACUUAACAGCUUCGGAAACUGGAGUGAAAUCAUUUUUAUCCAAAUUCAAAUGUGCCUCUUUCAAGUCUCCUCAAACCGCCGCUGUCUACACACUGUAAGAACAAACCAGUGCUCAAAGAUCGAUGUGUUAUUUGGUUCAUUAUUAUAAUACAAAGUCACAUCUGCACCAGUUUCUUCUCCGGGACAGCUGUGCUGUCCUCAUGUAAAGAUAAAUCAGUCAGUUGUGUGCAUACGUACAGUAAGUGUUUAGAAAGAGACAAUGAAUCACAUAUUAGUUGUAAAUGCUGCAGAUAUUCCAGCAUUUCCCACUGAGCAUUAUUCAUUUUAAAUAAUGUCAAUGUGUCGUGAAUGUAUCUAAUGCAAAAACUACACAUGCCCUUCAAAAAGACAGGCAUGCUGACAUGUAAUGAUUCACUAUAUAUAGACUAUUUCUGAGGUCACAUAGGUACCAUUCUGAUACUGUGUUAAGACAUAUUAAAGUAUGUGUAUUGUUAUAUAGAUUUAUAUUUAAUGUCAAUGGGUGGUGUGACUACUUUUACAAAUAUCUUUCACUCCCAGAAAAGGUAGGGCAGAGCUGUACUCUUUGAAGUACAAAAUGUACGUGACACUACCAUUUCUUGCUGGUCAGUUUUUGUACCCGUGCCCUGGAAAGCACCCAAAGAGGCCAAAUGCACUAUAAACGUAACAUGUAAUCAUUAAAUUGAGGAAGUCACCGUUCUGACAUUAAUUUUUUAGCAUUUCUUUCCUGUUUCACGUGUACUCUUCUGAUGUCCCUGUACUGCGGCCCUGUUUCUGUUAACUCUUUACAUGAGAAGUCACAGUGUAGACAGAAUAAACUCCAGGAGGAGCUGCUGCUGCUGCUGCUGCUGCUGAGACAAGGAUCUAAUCUGACCCCGGUUUAACACCCAUCAACGCCGCCAGAUGUGUUCAGCUGGGGCUGAGUAAGAAGCACCGCCUCCUGGGAGUGAGUCUGGUUUUAGACGAGCGAAAGCUUUUUCCCUCUUUACCACCUGGACGCCCCAAUUACACCUUAACUGUAGCAGUUAAAGAAACAGAGUGCUCGUUUGGUUUCUUCGUACUUUUAGUGAGAAGAUCGAUGCUGCGCUGGCGUUUGGGUGAAUAUAAAUAUGAAGCUAAAACCAGCGACUAAUUAAUUUGGACUGCAAACUGUUCUGGCCUCGAUCUGUCUAAAAAUGACAAAGUACUCUUUGCAGCACUCCUACAGCUCAUUAAUCAACGCGCUGCUUCUUGUUUGUUCAAUCAGUGCACAGACACUCAGCGUUACGAAUUCCUAUUGUAUUAGUAAACAGGAGAAUUUAGUUCUUCUGAGGAUCCAGAUAAAUCAGCGUCGUCCCGAUUCUGUUUAUUAUCAUAUGCUUAAGAAAAGAAGUUUUCUUCAAGGACAUGAAGCAGCUAACAGAGUUGCCUAGCAACCAUAAACACAUUAGUAGCCAUGUUAGCUAACAGUGGCGAACACACCACAUCUUUACUAAAUGAAGACUACGCCCAGUGUCUCCCCGGCCAUUUAAUCAUCCACAUUUGUUUAGACUUCAGCCACUCAUUUGAGAUCCCAUGGGAUGUUGAAUAGCCCGGAAGACAAAAUUCCCCCGAAGAGAAAAAUGUGUGGUCUGGAGUCGCUCUGUUGGGAGAACUAUUUAUAAAUAGUGGUCUCGCUCUACGUCUGAUCCAGCCUUUUUCAGGUCUUAACGCUGAGCUGAUUGUCUCCUGGUUCAAGCUUCAUAUUUACAGAGUGAUAUCAAACUCCUCAUUUGACCCUCAGAAAGAGUGUGUGUGUGUGUGUGUGUGUGUGUGUGUGUGUGUGUGUUCCUAAAUGCUGAAACUUUUAUUUCUAUCUACUUUGGGUGAAUCAGACAGUAUGUGUCGCCCCUUGUGUGUUUUCUCUCAGCUCCCAGCUUGUUUUCGACUUGAUGAAAUUAACAGAAUGUCAAGACAAAUCAUUUUGUCUAAAUCUUACAGCUUUGAAAGACUAGCUUUGUCCAGCCAAGAAAACCCCCCCUCUUCUAUCGACCCCCGCCCUCACAUGCCUUCACUGACUGACUGCUGUCCAGCUGAAAAACAAAAAAAACAAAACAAAAAAAACAACAAUAAAAAAAAAAAAAAACAGAAUACUUGAUUAAUAAAUGGUGCCUGCUGAGGGCAUCUGUCAACGCUCAAGAUUGUGUUAGUCUGGGGAACUGUGGUUGGCAUGAGAAAAAAAUUUAAUAAGAAAUAGUUUUUACCUCUUUCCCUCUCUCAUUCUCUUGUGCUUGAUUUCCUGUUUUGGCCUCACUGUAUUUUUUCCGCACAGACCUGAGUCACAACUGUGGAACAUGUGAAACGAUUGUUGUGAUCAGAUGUGGACAGUCAAUACAGAAUACAAACAAACAAAGGGCCUUAUUUCUGGAUCACUGUAUAAAGAUGUGAUAGCUGUGUAUGAAAAUGUAUUAACUGUUAAGUUUCUUUUUUUAUCUGAUAAAAAAAAAAAAACACGGCAUGGAAAUAAUAAUAAUAAUGAUAAUAAUAAUAAAAACUGUCAUUUAUAUAUAGUUAAUAGUUUGUGUAGACCAACAAGAAAAACAGUAUAACCUAAAAAUCAUUUGUACACAAUGAUGGAGUCAUUGUUAAUGGUAAUAGUUGCUGUUGCUAUGGCAACAAAAUGACAACAUGGCUACCUUUCUAUUAUCCUUAAUAGUGAUUUUGUUUUUCCUCACAUUAAUUAAAAUGACAUAAAACACUAACUUAUUCAAAAAGGGAAUGUCUAAUUAGUUUGUCUUGUUCUUGCAACUUGAUUAAAUAUUUUAUAUGGAAACUUAAAUCCUUGUUAUAUCCAAAUGUCCUUAGGGGAGGUCAGGUGUUUAUUUUGUUGUGUUUCUUUGACCUUAAUUGUUGUCGUUUUUUGUUUUUUUUCUCUCUUUUUUCUCCUACAUUGUGUUUUUGAGAAAUAAGAAUGGACUUUGGCUUUUAAAGCAAACACCUUUCUGUCAGGGAGGUAAAGAGGCUUCUGGACUCACCGGAGGUUUUCUGUAAAGUCGGGCCAGUGAGCGGUCGUCGCUGGUCCCACACACCAGACAGCCUGGCUCGGAGUCGUCUGCGUUGAGCUUUUGUUGGCGAGUUGUGUUUCUGUUCGGACCCUGAAGGUGGUCCAGAAGUCUCUUCCUGCCCAGCUGUGCUGGGUGAUGUCGAUCCUUGCUGAGGUGUAUACGAAUGUGUGACGUUCACCUUGUUUGCACUUAUGUACAUAACUAUGUCAAAAUACUCAAAAUUUAUUUUGAAUAAAUACAGAUAAAAGAGCUGAUUAAAAAAUCAAUGUAUUGUUAAUGAUACAGUAUGUCUAUUGUUUUAUUGUUUUAUUACAGUGUGAAAAGAUUGCUUUGAAGGAUCUGUCCUUUGUUUGUAUGUUUGCUCGAGCCCUGUUCUUUGCCAAGCAUGACAUUGCCUAAGUGUACACUACGAACGGUUUUGCUUCAAAAAAAAGCUUAUUUCAGUUCAGUUUCGGGAUCAUUUCUGUUUCAGAGAUAAGUGACCCUGACAUCAGACAGGAGCGGUGGAUUAGAAGGAAGAGUCCGUCCGAGAUAAACUGGUACCAACAUAAUGCUCAUCGUGAAUAAACAACGUGCAGAUAUAUUCCUCUCUAAGCUAAAGUAAAGCACCAAAGUAAAGCACAGAGUAGCUCCAUCAGCAAACACCCAGGAAAGACUCGGAGCAGACUUAAAAUCACGGAGGAACGUUGAUGAGAGACGUGCUCGCAGGGUUUCAGAUUCACUUUGGUUUCUAUAAUUUUACCUCCCUCGCUGUUGUUGUUCAGAAUAAUAAAUCAGGAGUUUAGUCAAAGCAGCAAACAAACAUGGUUUUCCGAUGUUAUUCUCGCGGCAGCAUCCUUGGACAUAUGAUGCUCUUCAAUUGCUCUUAAAGCCAGCGGUUUUGUUGCCAUGGCACUUGUCCUAGCGGUGGAUUGACUGAGUCAUCCUGGAGAAUUGGUUCACAGCCCUCUGACUGUUGAAUGCUGACGUCAAAGUGUCUCUGAACGAUGUGUACCCAAAACUCACCAAAGCUUCUUUACUGUGACUCACCAGCUCCCUUCAUCGUUGCUGUCCCAGUGUACAGCUGUUUUAAAAUACUGUGUGUUUUCCAGUCGACUGAAUAAGAUUUGAAAUUGGUGUAUUGUUACCAUUACUUUCGGUUGUGUUUGUGCCUUUAUCGUGCAAAUUGUUCCUCAUUUAAAUUGACAAAAAACAAAACAAACAAAAAAAAAAAUGUCAGAACAUGUACAGAGUGUGUGUAACUCUUUUAUUUAAAACCCUUUGGUGGUGAGUCUAUAAAUGAUCUUUUCAUUUGGGUACAAUCUCAGACUGAACCUGUGGAAGAGAUGAUGAGGGCCAAAGACUGUUCAGGACUAAGCCAUAUCUGAAAAACUCUCUCUGACACUCUAGGACAGACUUGAACGUGACUGCUGUUUCUUAGUCACCUCCCGCUUUGCUCUAUUUUUCUGCUUGUGGUGCUUGUAUGUGCUGCCGUGCUACAUGCCAAUUUAUUUUGCAGUGUAUAGCUAUUAAGAGUAAGUUACUGUGCCUAUGAUGAGUUCUGCGAUUUCUGUUUUGACCUUAAAUAAAACACAUCAUUGUGA